UUUUGAAAACAGCAGACAGGAAGUAGUUUUUAACAGGGACCUCGACUGUCAUUUGCGUUGUCCUGCUAUCCAGCUAGCCCAGUAGCUGGUUAGCUCAUAAUAACCAACAUUUAGAGCUGAGGAGGAGAAGGGAUAUACAGUAGGCACCAUGCUGGUCCCUAUAUUCACUCUGAAGCUGAACCACAAGAUUAACCCUCGUAUGGUGACUGUUGGGAAAUUUGAUGGAGUCCACCCAUGCCUUACUGCAGCCACACAGGCUGGAAAGGUUUUUAUUCAUAACCCUCACGCUCGUGGUCAGAGACCUGUGGCUCACCGACUGAGCCAGAGCACACAAGACUCUGAUAUCUCCCUCCUCAACAUCAACCAGGCAGUCACUUGUCUGACAUCAGGAACGCUGGGACCAAACACCACUGGGGACACGCUGUUGGUGGGAUCCCAGACCAACCUGCUUGCCUAUGAUGUCCAUGAUAAUGCUGAUAUAUUCUACAGAGAGGUGACGGAUGGGGCAAAUGCAAUUGUGUUGGGGAAACUUGGGGAAAUCCCGUCUCCUCUUGCCAUUAUCGGAGGGAACUGUGCUUUACAAGGCUUUGACUAUGAGGGCAAUGACCACUUCUGGACGGUGACUGGUGAUAAUGUCAGAUCUCUGGUGCUCUGUGACUUCACUGGUGACGGGAAAAAUGAGCUCCUGGUGGGAUCAGAGGACUUUGACAUCAGGGUAUUUAAAGAAGAUGAGCUUGUGUCUGAGAUGACUGAAAAUGAGACAGUAACAUCACUUUGCCAUAUGCAUGGCAGCAGGUUUGGCUACGCCCUGGCCAAUGGCACCGUGGGAGUUUAUGACCGCAACGCCCGCUACUGGAGGAUUAAGUCUAAGAAUCAUGCAAUGAGCAUCCAUGCCUUUGACCUGAAUGCAGAUGGCGUGGUGGAACUCAUCACUGGCUGGUCCAAUGGAAAGAUUGAUGCUCGUAGCGACCGCACAGGCGAGGUCAUUUUCAAAGACAACUUCUCCUCUUCUGUUGCCGGAGUGGUGGAGGGAGACUACAGGUUGGAUGGAGAGACACAACUCAUCUGCACCUCCAUAGAGGGAGAGGUGCGGGGUUACCUGCCAGCCAGUAAAGAUCUGAAAGGGAAUCUCAUGGACUCUAGUGCUGAACAGGACCUCAUCAGAGAGCUCAGCCAACGCAGACAGAAUCUGUUGCUGGAGCUACGCAACUAUGAAGAGAAUGCCAAGGGCGUGUCAGAGACCAACAGUGGGAUUGGUGUGAUACCGGCCAACACUCAGCUCCAGACGGCGCUGUCAGUGAGACCUGCUACAGAAGCUCAGAAGGCUCAUGUAGAGCUAAGCAUUUCAACACCAAAUGAAACCAUCAUCCGUGCAGUGCUCAUCUUCGCAGAGGGGAUAUUUGAGGGGGAGAGUCACGUUGUCCACCCAAGCGCCCAAAACCUCUCAGGCUGUGUCCGAGUCCCCAUUGUGCCCCCAAAAGAUAUACCAGUAGAUCUGCACAUCAAAGCCUUUGUUGGAGGGAAAACUAGCACCCAGUUUCAUGUGUUUGAAAUCACUCGCCAGCUGCCUCGUUUCUCCAUGUAUGACAUCACAGAUGACUCCUCAGCUGCUCCGCCCAAUGGAAGAGUCACCUUCAGCAUCAACGAUCGACCACAGCGGGUGGUAAUGUGGCUGAACCAGAACUUCUUGCUACCAGAAGGAAUCGACAGUCCUGACAUCUCUUUUAACUCACUAAGAGGAGGGGGACUGUUGUCCAUCAGUAUGGGCAGCAAUGGACAGAUCACUCUGAGGACCGAUGACAUCGAUCUGGCCGGCGAUCUGGUCCAAUCACUGGCCUCCUUCCUGGCAAUAGAGGAUUUGUCAGCAGAAGCUGACUUUCCUGCAUACUUUGAGGAGCUACGCACUACACUCACUGAGGUGGAUGAGUUCCACUCUGUCCAUCAGAAGUUAACUGCAGCGAUGGCUGACCACUCCAACUACAUCAGGAACAUGCUGGUGCAAGCAGAGGAUGCUCGCCUUAUGUGUGACAUGACAACUAUGAAGAAGCGUUACAGGGAGCUGUAUGAUCUAAACAGGGAUCUGGUCAACGAGUAUAAAAUCCGUUCGAACAACCACAAUGCACUACUGGCCUGCCUCAAGUCUGUCAAUCAGGCCAUUCAGCGGGCCGGUAGACUACGAGUGGGAAAGCCCAAGAACCAAGUGAUCUCUGCCUGCCGAGACGCCAUCAAGAGCAAUAACGUCAACACACUCUUCAGGAUCAUGAGAGCUGGCACUGCAUCCUCCUGAGGGUGGAAGGAGGGGCAAUGCAGACAUGGACAAACACAAAAUACAAGCACAACUCAUCAGUACUGUAAUGUUAAACAUCUAUUUCAAACAUUGGCACCAGCGAGGAUGUUUGGCCAAAAUGAUGGGAUGAGAACUACACGUGGACAUGAAAAGGGAAGCUGUUGUUGUAUGGAAGUAAAUCUGUGUC